CUCCGUUUGCCGAUACGUUGGGGAAGAUGUAGUGAAAAUCUUGUUCAUCAUGCCCCCUAAAAUUAAGAAAGUGAGGAGAAAUGAAAGAAGUAAGGACCUGGGCAAGCGAAAAAAGUACCAAGAAGCCAUUCCCUUUAACUUGAGUGUCAAGCUGGAUGUGAUAAAGCGUAUCGAUGAAGGACAGCGGAAUAAAGAUGUGAUGCUGGCACUCCGUUUAUCUUCAUCUACGUGCAGAAAGAGAAAAUACUGGAGACCGCGUUUGGUGGUGCGAGUUUAACAGCAUUGUUUAGUAAAGGCAUUGUCAUUGUUUGAGCGACUGAAAUCGCAGGCGAUUGAGGAGGGCGAUGAAACGGCCAAGGAUUUGAAAUUUAAAGGCAGUCAUGGAUGGUUUGACCGUUUCAGGAAAAGGACAUUCUUGGAUAACCUCAAGGUAACAGGAUCCUUCCAAACAGCAGAGUAGCAGAUGAACCUCAGACUUCCUUCUGUGGAUUUGUACUGGUCUGGUUCAGAAUGACAGUCUCACUUGGGCUUGUGCAAAGAUGGCUUGUGCAGGAUGUCAUCAGGAUGUCCAGAAAAGUGCCCAAACUGAGAAGAGUGUCCGGGUGCACAAGUGGAAAAGCGGUUGUGCUGGGACACUACUAUACCAGCUCUUCCCUGGCCACCAAAACAAAGGAAUUCAGUAGGAAAAAAGAGAUUUCAGAGAAGAAGCUGACUCGUCACUUUAUUGAUCACCGCAAAGUCAGGCUAAUUGCUGGGUCCGGUGGCAAGGGGGCCUGCUCUUUCCUCAGCGAGCCCAGGAAGGAAUGGGGUGGUCCAGAUGGUGGAAAUGGUGGAGAUGGUGGAAACAUAGUGCUUAAAGUUGACCAGCAGGUAAAAUCACUGUCAAUGAUCACACCAGUUUACCGGGGGAAGGAUGGAGAAUCUGGCGGCAGUAAAAACUGCUAUGGCCGCAGUGCCAGCACCACCUAUAUUCCAGUGCCUGUCGGAACCAUAGUGAAGGAAAAUGGGAAAAAGGUGGCGGACCUCUCUCAUCACGGCCAAGAGUAUGUGGCGGUGUUUGGUGGAGCUGGUGGGAAGGGGAACCGCUUUUUCUUGUCCAAUGAGAACCGCGCCCCACUUUCAGCCACCCCUGGGGAGAAGGGUCAAGAGCGGGUUCUACAGCUAGAACUGCUCACCAUGGCACACGCGGGGCUGGUUGGAUUUCCAAAUGCAGGGAAGUCCUCUCUUCUGCGGGCCGUUUCCAAUGCAAAACCAGCUGUAGCUGCGUAUCCCUUCACCACACUGAACCCUCAUGUGGGCAUUGUGAAGUAUCAAGACCAUGAGCAAGUGGCAGUGGCAGAUAUCCCGGGAAUCAUCAGGGGGGCGCACCUAAACCGUGGCCUAGGGAUCUCCUUCCUGCGACACAUCGAGAGAUGCCGUUUCCUGCUCUUCGUUUUGGACCUUUCAAUAGCAGAACCUUGGACCCAGCUUCAAGACCUGCGGUUCGAGCUAGAGAAGUACGAGCCUGGCUUGUCCCGGCGCCCACAAGCUGUAGUGGCUAAUAAGAUGGACCUGCCUGAAGCCCAGGAGAACCUUACUGAGCUGAGGUGUCGUGAGAAACAGAGGGUGAUCCCUGUGUCUGCACUAACAGGUGACAAUGUGGAGGAGCUGAUCCUCCACCUUCGGGAGCUAUACGAUGGUUACCUGGAGGCAGAGGAACGUGUUGGAGCAAAGCCUAUGAAGUGGUAAUAGAAUAACAGUAACACUUAAGCUGGACCACCAUUAUUAUAAGAGACUUAACUUUAGCUGUUGUGCAGAUGCAUUAUUUUUGAAGUAUACAAUGCACUCUCUCUUUAAUAAAUUAUUCUUUAGUCUGAUUUCUUUGCUCUUAUUUCAUGAGCCUUCAGUGUUUCAAAAGGUAAUGUAAUGUUCUGUGUAAAUGGAAAUUAAUGAGCAAAACCUCAAGAUCUGUGAAUAUAAGAGGAACAGAUAAGAAAGAGGCUUUUUUUAAAGUGCGCCAAAGAUCUUUAGUUUUUAUGUAUUUGGCCAUAUUUACACAAAUGUUUGUCUCAAAAAUGUUUUCUGCCUAGAAUCUUCAAUAGUAGGUAGGUAAAAUCAUUAUAGCAGGAAGUAAGAACAAAAUAAGAUUCAGCUCAGACUGCUAGCUCAAACAUUUUGAAUUCAUGUAAAUAUGAAACUAAGGUGUGCUGCUUACGUGUAUUUCUUUAAAUUUAAUCAAUUUUCUUUUUUCCAUGUCUAGUGAAAUGUCAUGUUUGGAAGUAUUCAGACAAUGGGUUUGGCUUGUACAGUAUAGAGAAAAUAUUCACCUCUACAUGUGUCCCUUUCACAUUGAAUUACCAGUCAUGUCUACAUAAUGGGCAUAAAUGUAUUAAUACUGGUGACAUUGAAGUGUUCAUUGGGGUUCACUGUUCCAGUCCAAAUAAGAACUAUUCCUCCUCACCCAGCAGGGUAAUCCUGGUGCAGGAGCCUUUCAUGGAGCACCAAGUACUUUGCCAUUUCUGUGCCAGUGACCAGGGACAGAACACA